AACGACUACUUAGUGCACCCGAGGGGGCAGAUCGCAGUAGUCACGUAAAAGCGGUUACGGUCAAAUUAAUUUGCGCCUCGCCGUGCCGGGCAUCUCCUCGGGAUCAUAGCAACCGUGAAAUCUCGAACUCUCCGCGAAACCGCGUCGCCGACGGCUGAUAACGGGUUGCUGCAUCCCCUAGAGGGGGGCAUCGUGCGUUUGAGUGUGUGUGGAGUUGGAGGCAACACACCCCUCUUGGGGCGUUAUCAUAAAAAAGUGAGCUCGUGGCCAGCCCAGGAUGUCGUCAUUACGCCGUGUUUUCGUGUACGGAACUCUGAAACAGGGUGAACCGAACCACCACUGGCUGACGGAUGUGGCCAACGGAACGGCCAGCUUUGUCGGGCGUGGCACUACCGUCGCUCGGUAUCCCCUCGUGAUCGGUUCUCGCUACAACAUCCCGUUCCUGCUGGACGUACCCGGCCGGGGACAUCAGGUGCGCGGAGAGAUCUACGACAUCGACGAUCGCAUGUUGGCGCGCCUGGACGUGCUGGAGGAUUAUCCGCGGUUGUACGAGCGACGCCCGGAAGCGAUCCAGAGCGAGGGGAAGACCGGCGGCACGGAGGUGGUCAGCUGCUGGAUCUAUCUGUUGCAGCGCUUUCCACCGGCCCUGCUCGAGAAGCCGAUGCUGGAAGAGUACCGGAACAGCACCGCCCUGCCGUACACGGAAUCGCACGAUGAUAAAGUGUUCGAUGAUCAUGAGUCCAGCACCGAAACGACGGAGGAAAAUCCUCGGUGAUUCGAAGAAGAAGAAAACAAGAACAAGAAGAAGAAGAAGGAAAAGAAAACGAGUAAAACGAUAAAAUCCGCCGUAAAACAAUAAAAACGAGGCGAAAAGGCGAAAACGAAAUCUGGAUUUCGCCCGAUGACCCUCAAGGGUU